GAUAGAUCAGCUCUGCCCUCUGUUGGUGGUGCCGCUGCACUGCACUCAGGUCAGUUUUCAGCUGACUGUGUAACACUCAGUCAGGCUGCAGCUUCAGACAGGAUGAAGGAGCAGCUCGUCAUCCUCGCCGUGGCUCCGCUGUAGUGUUAGUAAGGGCCGUCCCUCAGCUGUAGUCAGUGAUGUCAGACCGCAGGCUGGACUACAUCGAGCUGCUCUGGCAGGAAGUGAGCAGGAAUCCUCACAGGCUGCUGGAUGUGGAGAAAGAGGAGGAGCAGGAGGAAGCCCCUCCACCCCGGAGGACCCUUCAAGCCCUCUGCUCUAUCCCCCGGAGGCUGGCCAUCUCUGCGGGGCUCGGGGGAACGCCGGUCACCCCCCAACUGAUUGAGAGCCUGAGGAGGAUUCUUCUGGGUGGAAACUUUCGUGUCUUCGACUACGAGUGGAGGAAAGCAGUCUUCCACUUCAGGGAACCAAACUCCGAGUUCGCAUACGCUCUGAAGGCUGAUGGGGGUGGGGCUCGGGCCAUUCAGAUGGUCGUCCAGGCUCGCAUCAUUAAGCACCUGCUGUUCACCCAACAGAGCACCUCAGACGGACAGACGCUGCACAGUCUGACAGAGGUAGGACGGCGGGAGCAGGACAGAGCAUUGGCGGCUGCCCUGAGCGACAGCCUCUGGUUGGCCGGCCAGGAGGCGAGCGCGACUGUCACCUUGGUAACCGAAGACUAUUGCAUCACAUCUCACCUGGACAACAAACUGGACACCUUCACAGAGAGGCUGCAGCUCUUCACGUUCAGCGAGAAGGACGCCAUCACCAACUUCAUCCUCGACCACAUCCAGUGCUUUCAGGAGGAGGGCAGUCAUGGCGUCAUCCUUUUCCUCUACAGCCUCAUCUGCUCCCGUACCAUCGAGAGGCUGAGGCAGGACCUAGACUCUCCUACGUCAUACCUGCUGCACCUCAGCCCGGGCAGCUCUGCCUGUCGGCAGGCUCUGCUGAACCUGCUACUGACCGGCAGAGCCAGCCCGCACCUCUUCAACGGGAUGCGGCACUUCGGGCAGGACGGCCUGCCUCUGCAGCGCCCCCUGCAGGGCGUCCUGUCCCGCAGCGAUGUAGGAUAUCUGCGCUGGAGUCGAGAGGAGAUGGAGCGCGGUGCGCUGCCGCAGGUGGGCAGCAUGCUGAAGACUCCCAGGUUCCCGGUGUGGGUUUGCAGCAUCAACAGCAGCUGCUCGGUCCUGUUCAGCGCCACACGCUCGCUGCUGUCAGACUGGAGGGCGGAGCAUCUGUUCCAGCUGUACUACUACUGUGGGCAGAGCUCGCAGACAGCGACGGCCAGGCUGACAGUCGAUACUCACUCCCACCACUGGGAGGCGUCGUCCAGAGAUGGAGGAGAUCCAGAGAAACGGUUUCCCUCACUGGAGAUGACCAUCAGGACCAAGUGGGACGGAGCUGUGAUCGCCUGGAACGGCACCUCCCCCUUCUACUGAACAUCACCACAAACACUGGUCUGCGGUCGUCACAGCACUCCCGACUGUUUUUACCAUUAUAGGAAACCAGAUGUUAAAAGUCCCGUUACGAACCUCACGUCUUCAGUAACCACUGAUGAUUCGGACCAGAGGUGUUGGCGAGGUCACCGUGGUCACUGACGAAUCAGCGAACACAGCCGAGCACAAACAGAGCGUCUGGAGGUAAAAUGAAUCCAGACUCCAGCCUGUUUGCAUCCCACGUUAUUCCCUGCUGUCCUCUGGACUCGUCUCUGUCAUCAGACCCUGACGACUUCCUGUUCUUGUCUCCGUGUUUCUGGGUGAAGCUGAAGGCGGCUCUGUAGUAGCGUCACGUCUGCCCAACGUUUAACCUUUGAACCAAACUGGUGUUUGUCUUUGAUGAUGUUUCAGUCUCGUGUCCUCAUCUUAAAUUGUUUGAUCUUCGUUUAGCUGAAAGUCUUCUGUUCCUUUGAAAUGUAACAGAAAUAAAUCUGACUCAUGUUUAAACAUCCA